CUGUGUGUAUUUGUAUGUAUUACAUUUCGAGAAUGGAGGAACUUGCUCUAAAGCUCAGUGCGGAUGGCAUCCAGAAAAAAGUCAUUUCCCCUGGAAAAGGUGAAAUCCCGGAUUAUCUGGAUGGCACAAAGGUGACGUUUCAUUACCGCAGCAGCCUGUGCGACGGCACGCUGCUGGAUGACUCCAGGACCAUGGGAGGGAAGAGUAAACCCAUGGAGCUCAUCCUGGGGAAGAAGUUUAAGCUGCCCGUGUGGGAGUGUGUGGUCAGCACCAUGAGGGUCGGCGAGGUCUCGGAGUUCACCUGCGACGUCAAGCACACGACUCUGUACCCUCUGGUGUCUCGGUCUCUGAGGAACAUCAGCAAGGGUAAAGAUCCUCUGGAGGGACAGAGACACUGCUGUGGCAUCGCACAGGUCCACUCUCACCACUCACAUGGACACAGAGACCUAGAACAGCUCCAGAGCAACCCUCAGCCUCUGGUCUUCACUAUAGAGCUCCUGGAGGUUUUGCCUGCAGGCUCAUUCGCUUUGGAGACAUGGGCAAUGACGGACGAAGAGAAGCUGGCCGCUGUGCCACAGAUUCAUGAGGAAGGAAAUGCACUCUUCAAGAAGGGAGACACGGCAGGAGCUGCAGAAAGAUAUUAUAACGCCAUCGCCUGCCUGAAGAACCUACAGAUGAAGGAGCAGCCAGGCGAUGAGCCAUGGAUUAAGUUGGACAUAAUGAUCACGCCGCUGCUGUUGAAUUACUGCCAGUGUAAACUGAUCCAGGGGCAGUACUAUGAGGUGCUGGACCACUGCUCCUCUCUGCUCAACAAGUAUGAGGAUAACGUAAAGGCGUACUUCAAGCGAGGAAAAGCUCACGCAGCCGUGUGGAAUGAAGCCGAAGCCCGAGCUGAUUUUCAGAAAGUUCUGGAACUGGACCCUUCCCUCGGGCCGGCUGUGAGCAAAGAGAUCCAAAUGAUGGAGAAACGCAUUCGAGAGAAGGACCAAGAGGAGAAAGGACGCUACAAAAAACUCUUCAUCUCUAGCAGCACCUCAGCAGCAGCUACUACGAGCUGAAACCAGCGGAGACGCUUCCUGUAGUCGUCCCUGAAGAGACGCUCCGUUACUGAGACGCUGUGACACCUGAGCACAUGAACUCUUCACCAAUACAGCACGAGCAGCUUUCUUCAUUUAUUUCACUCACACACACACACACACACACACACACACACACACACCUUUGUUUAUUAACACCUAACACUGUUACAAGAUCCCUUGGGCUGUGUCCUAAACGCUAAAGUUCUUACAAGGCAGCAUGAUGAAGGAAAGGACAGAGUGUCACACUGUGGUGGUGACGCUAGAUGUGACCUCUAGCAUUUGGGACACAGACAGACACGCCCCCUGAGAGACAAACAGACAGACAGACACACCCCCUGAGAGAGACAGACAGAUUGACACGCCCCCUGAGAGAGACUGACAGACAGACAUGCCCCCUGAGAGACAGAAAGACACACCCCCUGAGAGAGGCAGGCAGACAGACAUGCCCCCUGAGAGACACGCCCCCUGAGAGAGAGAGACAGAAAGACACACCCCCUGAGAGAGACAGACAGACACACCCCCUGAGAGGCAGACAGACAGACAUGCCCCCUGAGAGAGAGAGAGGCAGAAAGCCACACCCCCUGAGUGAGAGACAGACACGCCCCCUGAGAGACAGGCAGACAGACAGACAGACACGCCCCCUGAGAGAUAGGCAGACAGACACGCCCCCUGAGAGAGACAAUCGUAUACAAAGUCCUCUAACGCCUUUUCUAACGUAAUACUUUCUGUAGUAAUCCUGUAUCUUUCCUGUUCAUUUCUUUUUGUAAUAGUUUUUGUCUUUACAUGUACACGUGUAUCUUUUCUUUUAAACGUAUAAACCUUCAUGUGGUCACAGAUAUUGCAUAUGUACACACGUUAAGUCGGGGUGGACAACCGGCUCCUGCAUCGACAUCCUCAUCUAAACGUCUUCUAAACGUUUUUAGAAGUAUUUUUAAAAAAAAAUUUCUCAAUAUGGAAUUAUUACCAAAAUUAUCGCUCUAAAAAGCGUUUAUCUUUUACACUACACUUCCUGUGGGUUUUCUUUUAUAUUUGUUCCAACUUCUUAGUGACGAUAAAUAUCCUGAAUCGUGAUGUUUGUGCGUAAAGAUGUUGAGAAUGAAACUACAAGGUUGUGAUGUUGUUUCCAUAGCGACUCAAAGAAUUAUCCAGCGACCAUCUGCCAAGACACAUUAACUCCAUUUAUGGGAUUGUUUAUGCCUUAUAUGUGACUGUAAAGAUCCGCAUUUAUGUUAUAACUAAAGCCAAAUAAAGAAAAUGUCUGGAAAAGAUAA